AUGCGCUGCCAAUAUGCUUGUUUCUUCCCAGCCCUGGCCUCUUUGGUCUCUGCCUGGGCGCCCCCUUCGUACUCAGGGUACACGCUGCAGUGGAGCGAUAACUUCGCCGGCUCGGCAGGGACACUUCCCAACUCUAACAAUUGGAACAUCAUCACAGGGAACCCGGGCGUGAAUGGCGAGCUGGAGACGUACACCAGUUCGAAUAGGAACGUUCAGCUGAGCGGCGGCGACACUCUGCAGCUGGUGCCUUGGAAAGACAGUUCCGUCAAGUACGUCUUCACACCUAGCGCAGGGAGGAUCACGUUCGCCGAGGCCGAUAUCCGGUUCGGCAGCAACCCUACCUCUGCCAAACAGGGAAUCUGGCCUGCUUUCUGGCUCCUGGGCAACUCGAUCCGCUCAGGAACCGCAUGGCCUGGGUGCGGUGAACUUGACAUCCUCGAGACCAUCAAUGGCCAGUUGACGGGCUACGGCACCGCCCAUUGCAACGUCUAUCCAGGCGGUAUUUGUAAUGAGCCAAAUGGCCGCGGGGGAAGCAUCACGAUCCCGGAUCAGUCGUGGCAUACUUGGCGCAUCAUCUGGGACCGCACCCCUUCUACCUGGCAGUCCGAGACCGUUACCUGGUACAUGGACGGCCAGUUGUUUCACCAGAUCACUGGUUCCCAGAUCGGCGACUCGAACGUUUGGGCCACGCUGUGUCAUAACCCCCUGUACUUCAUCCUCAACGUGGCUGUUGGCGGCACCUGGCCUGGUUAUCCUAACUCAGCCACCCUCGACGGUUACGGCAGCAUGAUGGAGAUCGCUUAUGUCGCUGUCUAUAUGUCUUGAAACUUGUUGUCUUUUAUGCUUGUGGUAGCAUACGACUGCCCUAAGGUCCCAGCUAGUCUGUACAUACCCACUUUUAUAUCGCCACUAUCUUGUUUUAUGCCAUUAUUUGCCGAACAUGUCUUUAUAUACUCACUUUUAUAUGUACCACACUCAUUUUAUCAUAUUGAUUACAAUCUUCGCGUCACCCGUUGGGCGAGGCAGCCUGACGAUAUGAAAG